CUCGCGGUGAGAGAGAAUCCAACGUGGAGAAAGAGGAAGUCGGGCCGCGAACGCGGGACGAGGAGAGCGAACGGCGAGAGAGAAAGAGCCGGACCCGGCGAGAGAGGAGAGGGAAAACCACGGGGGCUUUUGAAAAAGUUUUAUCUUGUCGGCGCACUCGGCCUCUCAGACGCUACCGAACGCCGGUACGGUGUUGUUGGCCACAGCGUGGUCGCGCGGCCUCCUCGGCGACGAGUUGCGAGCAACGAGAGAGAAAUAGAGAAAGAGACAGAGAGAAAGAGGAAGAGAGAGAGAGAGAGAAAGUCCCGGUCGUGUGCCGCGAUUUCCGGCCCCGGUCGGUCCUCCCGUCGUCAACUUCCCCGUUCGUUUCAUCCGCCCGCGUGCUUACGGACGUUCGCGCGAGAGGAGCGCCUGGAGAAUCGCCGAGGAGGAGGCUGUCGAGGAACAUCAUCCACAGGACAUCGGCUGUGCGUCCUUGGAGUAAUCGGUCUAGCUUCGCACCGUCUCGCCAUGCACCGUCGCUGAGGUGUCCUGCAGUGCCAAUCGAGGGGACGAGCGAACAAGAGAGCGAAACAGAGAGGAAAGAAAGGGGGACGGACGGCGAUAAGCAGGAAGAGAGAAGGAGAGGAAGAGAGGGAGACAGGGUCAGUUAGGAAGAGGGCGAAGAGGUCGUCGAGGAGUGACUCCUUGCCGGUCGCGACGGACGGCCAGCGGCAAGAUGAAGAACCGUGUGUUGCUAAAGAGUGCGUUGCUUCUGCUGCUGAUUGCGGCGGACAGCCUGGUGACAGCAUCCGAGGACGAUGACUUGAUUUUCGAUUUGGAAGGCAAACAACCUACGCUACAAGUGCCAUUAAUCGAAACGCAUCAGCAGGAAUCUCUUUUCCAUAGAAUAAAGAGAGGAAUCUGGGAUUUCUUUGGUGCGCCAUCAUCCACAACUACGACUACACAAGCGCCAGAUCAAGAACAAGAUCAGGAUCAAGAAGACAUUGAUAACUCGGUAUUCUUGAACGAAGAAAACCGCACCCUCGAGCACCCUAAAGUACCAAGUGCCGAACGAGAUAAUGGUGUCAUCGAGAGAUUCACUCUUGAAAAGAACGAGGACAAUGAAGAGAAUGAUGAGCAUGCUAAUGAGAUCAGUCAUGCUGCCGAAAGUCAAAGAAUACCGGUAACAUAUGAAAAUAUCGACGAUGAAGAUUUAGCCGGAUCAGGUGAAAUUGAAGGUAGCGCGGGUGAAACAGAUUUAGAUCAUCGUCCAGGAGAUACAGGAACCCAAUACCGCAACUCUGACGGCAAAGCGAGAUUCUAUCGAAUAACGUUGACAGUUGGUGAGCCUUACAGACGAGAAUACUCUGACAGGAACAGUCCUGAGUAUCGUGAAUUAAGUGGCAAUCUCACACAAUCUAUCGAGAACCUAUUCAAUCGCCACAUACCGGGAUACAAUUAUUUUGCCAACGUCGUCAAGAUCUCGCCAACAUCCGACGCCUUUACAUCACAAGUUACCCUAGACAUUGGUUCGACGUUCACGGACGAGCUCGAGGUGCGUGCCACCCUAGAGCAACAGCUGCAAUAUCAUUCCUUGGGUAGCAUCCAAGUAGGUCCAGAGGGAUUCACGUUCAGGAUAUUCCAAGCCGGGGAGAGAGAUACACAUCCGGAAUGCGAUCAGGCGACCGAGUUAAGGUGUAGAAGUGGUGCAUGCGUGCCUCUGGAAUCGCGCUGCGAUGGUGUAUUACAAUGCAAUGACGGUUCCGACGAGGACAAUUGCCCGACGAGUAAGACUGACGAUGAUUCCGUGCACACCACUGUGGAACCGCAUUCUCCAGGAACUACGAGAAAUAUUGUUCCUGUGACUGUGUCAUCCGUCUCGAAGCUCCCAGAAGAUGAUGAGGACGAAGAGAGAGAGGAUAAGGAGGGCAUGCUGAGACCACCUGCGAAUAAAUGCCGCGCUGACGACAACGUACGUUGCUACGAUGGUAGUCGUUACAUCUGUUCGGUGCAGGAGUGCGACGGCGUUCCAGACUGUGAUGACGGUGGUGAUGAGAUCGGCUGUCCGCAUCCAGGCUGCAGUGCUGGAGAAUUCGCGUGCGAUGUAAACAGAUGUAUUCUGGAAUCUCAACGAUGCAAUUUUGUGGAAGAUUGUCAAGAUGGUAGUGACGAACAUGACUGCAAUUAUCCUGCUUGCGCUCCGAACGAAUUUAUAUGUAGAAACGGCCAGUGCAUCGAUAGUAACAAAUACUGCAAUGGUGUGCAAGAUUGUCACGAUGGAUCCGAUGAACACAACUGCCCCUGCAGGGAAGACCAGUUCGAAUGCGUUCCUGGUUAUUGCUUGUCCUUAUCACGCCGCUGUGACGGAACCAUGGACUGUGUCAAUGGAAUGGAUGAACAAAAUUGUCACAACAUGACACGAUGUCGAGCGGACGAGUUCGAGUGCGCCAGUGGCUCGUGCGUCAGUAAAAAUGCAAGAUGCGAUGGACGAAACGAUUGUCCCGAUCAUUCUGACGAGUAUAAUUGCAACGUGACCACCUGUAGCGGGGACCAGUUCCGUUGUCUGGACGGUAUUUGCUUAAGCAUUGACAAACGCUGCAACGGAGUCACCGACUGCCGCAACGGCGAAGACGAGAACCAAUGCGAAUGUCCCGACGGUCAACUGCCCUGCGACAACGGCGUCUGUAUCAAUAAGAGCUUCUUCUGCGACCACAAUAUCGACUGCCAUGACGCUAGUGACGAACGAGAUUGCCCGGAUACCGGAGAGACCGGAGGUUCGGGCCACGAGUGUGGCCACGAUAGCUUCACCUGCAACGACGGCAGCUGCAUACCUGCAGAGGCGGUCUGCGAUGGCCGUGCAGACUGUCCGCACGACGAAGACGAGAUCAACUGUCGUCCAAGUGUAGACGCCUCGGAUAGAGCCUCCUCGAGGGGGCAUCCAGAGACGGGGGUGAUAGCCGGUGCGAAUUCGGAUAGCGAGGCUUACAGCCCAGACACAGAUGCAAAUGCUGAUGUGCCGCCGACAAAUCUGAGCACGCCGAGGAGUUGUGCUCCGGAUGAUUUUGUUUGCGCCGACGGCACUUGCAUCCCCGAAACCCACCACUGCGACCAUUUCUACGAUUGCCGCGACUUUUCCGACGAACAGUACUGCUUCGGAUGCAAGUGGGACCAGUUCCAGUGCACCAACGGCGAUUGCAUCCACGCCUACCAGAAAUGCAACGGAUACAUCGACUGUGCCGACGGUUCUGACGAACCAGAGGAAUGCGGGUCUGUCGCACCAGAACCAUCACCGGAUUACUGUGCAGCGGGUCAAUUUAUGUGCGUUUCGGACAGGAGAUGCGUACCGGAUUCCUCCGUCUGUAACGGAAUUCCAGAGUGCAGAGACGGAUCUGACGAGCACAAUUGCGAUACCGAUACGACAUCUGAACUUAGAUUGAAGACGUAUCCCAGUGAACAAGUGAUUAAAGAAAAUCCGGCGAAGCAAGGUCGCGAGGUCGUGUUCCAAUGCCGCGACGAGGGUCUCUUACGUGCCAGAGUACGUUGGAUUCGCGGUAAUGGCCUUCCUUUGCCACCCGGCAGCCGAGACAUCAACGGCCGCCUGGAGAUACCCAACAUCCAACUCGAACACGCCGGCACUUACAUCUGCGAAGCUGUGGGUUACCCGCCGUCCACCCCAGGCCGCCAAGUUAACGUUAUCCUUACCGUCGAGAAGUUUGAGCAACCAGCCACCAGACCACCGCAAGUGUGUCAGUACGAUCAAGCCACUUGCAGCAACGGCGACUGCAUUCCCAAAUCGUUCGUUUGCGACGACAAGUUCGAUUGCACUGAUGGAUCCGACGAGAUGCGGUGCAGUCCACACGGAUGCGAGCCCAACGAGUUCCGCUGCAAUAAUAAGCAGUGCGUUAGCAAGUUGUGGCGUUGCGACGGCGACAAGGACUGCGCCGAUGGCAGCGAUGAAGAAAGCUGUGCGCCUUCUCCCCCGGGAUCUCCGUGCCGUUACAACGAGUUCGCUUGCAGCAGCAACAAGCAGUGUAUCCCGAAGAGUUACCACUGCGACAUGGAGCGCGAUUGCUUGGACGGCAGCGACGAACUUGGAUGCUCACCCGUUUACAUUGUGAAACCACCACCGCCGAUGGUAGUCCUCGAACCGGGCGAUAUGUUAGUCCUUACCUGCACGGCAAUCGGUGUUCCAAUACCGGAGAUCAACUGGCGUCUAAAUUGGGGACAUAUCCCCGCGAAGUGUGCAAUGACGUCCGCCAACGGGACGGGCACACUCACGUGCCCAGAUAUACAGUCCGAAGAUCAGGGCGCGUAUUCGUGCGAAGCUCUAAACGUCGGCGGCUUCGUCUUUGCUGUGCCAGACGCCAUCGUCGUCGUGAAAGAACCCCGCAACGUUUGCCCGAAGGGCAAGUUUAAUUCCGAGGCGAAGGUCGUCGAAGAGUGCAUCUCGUGCUUCUGCUUCGGCGUCGCCACCGAGUGUCGCAGCGCCGAUCUCUUCACUUAUCAGAUCCCGCCGCCGAUUGAUCGCUACAAGCUCGUGUCGGUCGAGAUCUUGCCGACGCUCAGGAUCCACAGCGACAUCACUACUCAGCUAUCCCAGGUCCGCCCGCUCGGCCGUGACGGUGUUCAGAUCUACGAGUCUCUCAGCAACGAUCUAAAUGUCUACAAUAUUCCCUAUUUCGCGCUGCCGGAGACUUACCAUGGCAGUCAACUAAAGUCCUAUGGUGGCUACCUGAAAUACACGAUCCGCCAUAGCGAUAAUGGCACACCGAACAACGCUCCCACUGUCAUCUUGAGCGGCAACAAUUAUAUUCUGACACACAAGGGUAGAGAACCGACGCCAGAUUACGAGACCGAGCAAUCUGUCAGAUUCUUCUACGGCGACUGGUACAAGCAACAGGGAAGAAGCGAGGUUCUGGCCUCCAGAGAGGAUAUUAUGAUGACGUUGGCGAACGUAGAUAAUAUCCUUAUAAAGGUGAAAUACGAUGACUCGCUACAGUUAGACGUUCGUCUCACCAACAUCAUCAUGGAUACCGCUGAUGCACGAAAUACCGGUCUGGGAUCCGCGUCAUUUGUCGAGGAAUGUCAGUGUCCCACUGGAUACACUGGUCUGUCCUGCGAGCAUUGCGCACCUGGUUACCUGAGACGCGAAAGUGGACCGUGGCUUGGCCAGUGUUACAUAGACGAACCACCGUGUCCCCCUGGAUACUACGGCGAUCCCUCGAGGAACAUCCCUUGCCAGAUUUGUCCUUGCCCGCUCACCAAUCCGUCGAACCAGUUUGCCCGCACGUGUCAUCUUGGAUCUGACGGGCAACCCACAUGCGACUGCCCUCCUGGUUACGUUGGACGUAGGUGCGAGCAAUGCGCCUCUGGUUAUCAAGGAAAUCCCCUUAUUCCUGGAGAUAUGUGCGUCCCGCUUCAACAGUGCGAUCCUAACGGUAGUCUCAGUCCUAACGUUGAUCCACGUACAGGAAAAUGUCAUUGCAAGCAAUAUGCAACCGGUCUGACUUGCAACCAAUGUAAGGCGAAUACCUUCAAUCUGGCAUCGACAAAUCAAUUUGGAUGUAUAUCCUGCUUCUGCAUGGGCAUUACUAACAGAUGUGUCUCCUCGAAUUGGUAUAGAAACGAGAUUCGCGUAUCCUUCACCAAUUCGAUUCGGGACUUCUCCUUGAUCGAGUCCAAGAGCGUCGAUGCGCCGGCCAUUGUCGAAGGAAUCCACUUGAAUACUCUCAGCCGAGAAAUAAUUUACGACAGUUUCCCUAAUCGUGGAAACAACGAUGUCUAUUAUUGGCAGUUGCCCAGCAUUUUCCUAGGAGAUCAAGUAACAUCUUAUGGUGGCAAUCUCAAGUAUACUGUCAGAUAUGUUCCCUCGCCAGGCGGUCAAAGUUCAAGAAACAAUGCAGCGGACGUUGAGCUUGUCAGCGCUAACGAUAUCAACUUGCUAUACUACUCCCGCGAAUCACCCGAGCCGAACUCUCAGCAAUCGUUCACCGUGCCAUUGCUCGAGCAAUAUUGGCAGCGCAAUGAUGGAACGCAAGCGGAUAGGGAGCACCUUCUGAUGGCUCUGGCAGACGUACGAGCUAUCAGAAUCAAAGCUACUUACACGACGCACACAGACGAAGCUGCACUCUCCUUCGUUUCUUUGGAUACCGCUGAAAAAUAUAACACAGGCAAAGCUCGUGCAGUUGAAGUUGAAGAGUGUACUUGUCCAGUCGGCUACAGAGGACUUUCAUGCGAAGAUUGCGAUGUUGGUUAUACCCGAGCUAUCGAAGGUCUCUAUUUAGGUAUCUGCGAGUCGUGCAAUUGCAAUGGUCAUUCGAAUCAGUGCGAUCCCGAGACCGGCGUCUGUGAGAAUUGCGCUGAUCACACAACUGGUGAUAAUUGUGAUGUGUGUGAACCGGGGUACGAAGGAGACGCCACCCGAGGCACCCCGAACGAUUGUACGUAUAGAAGUCCAAGACCCGAACCAUGCAGAUGCAAUGAAGCAGGUGCGCGCAGUACUUCAUGCAUUGAUGGCCGAUGCGAAUGCAAAAGGAAUGUCGAGGGCCCCGAAUGUAAUCGGUGCCGCCCGUCGACAUACGGAUUACGUGCCGAGAACAUUGAUGGAUGCAUCGAAUGUUACUGCAGCGGGGUAACCGAUCAAUGUCACGAGAGCUCAUUGUACAUACAGCAAAUACCAAUGUGGGUGUACGACUCACAUCACGGUUUCACUCUCACGGAUUCCACUAGACGCGACGUGAUCGAUGAUGGCUUUGAGUUGAAUGUCGCGAUGAACGAAAUCGGCUAUCGCUAUCCGGACAGCAGAAGCCGCAGACUGUUCUGGUCGCUGCCGAGUGUCUUCACCGGCAACAAGGUGAAGAGUUACGGCGGAAGUCUGACUCUGACGCAGCACAUCACCGCGCGUUCUGGUGCUCAGAGCUACAAGGAUCAAGACAUACUACUGAUCGGCAACGGCAUCACGUUGUUCUGGACGAAUCCAACGGAAUUACAACCAGAUAUUCCGAUGACGUAUUCCGUUCCACUGAAAGAGAAUGAGUGGAAACGAUUAACCAGCGAAGGACCACGCAGCGCUUCUAGAACGGAUCUCAUGAUCGUGCUCUCCAAUCUCGAAGCUAUUUUGGUGCGCGCGUCCCACAGCGAGCAUAUGACCGCGACGUAUAUCAGUGACAUCAGCAUGGACACAUCCGUUGAGAAUCUCACUGGCAAUCGACGAGCAACCCAAAUCGAAGCCUGUCGAUGCCCGACUGGUUACACAGGGACUUCCUGUGAAACAUGUACGCGCGGUUAUUACAGGGACACUAGUGAUCGAUCCAUCAGUUACUUGGGCGCAUGCAAUCCCUGCCCAUGCAACAACAACGACGAGAGCUGCGAAGUCAGCAGAUCUGGUCAUGUCAAAUGUCACUGCUUACCGGGUUACACUGGACAAUAUUGCCAAGAUAACAUCGUUGUGGGAGAACCGGAACCAACUCCUACGCCAAGUCCGAUACCACCAGUGAGAAUUAUAGUUCACAUUCAAGAACCGGAAUUCCAGAUUGUAGAAACCGGAAAAACUGUUAGAUAUCACUGCUCGGGCAGAUCUCAAGAUAGAGACUCGGUGAACAUUAGAUGGGAGAAAGAGGAUGGUCAAUUACCAUCCGGUAGAAGCGUGGACGAUGCAAAUGGACUGUUGGUUAUUAGGGAUGUGAAGGUGUCUGACAGCGGCAUAUACGUCUGCCAAGUGAGCGAUGGAAUAAACAUCGCAAUCAAGAAAGUCACUCUAACUGUUGGAGCAUUCCCGAAAUACUUAUUGGAAAUACCAGGCGUCAAUCCGGUCAAACCUAGAGUUGAUAUAACUCCGGCGUAUCAGCAAGUAAGGGAAGGCGAACCAGUUGAAUUCCGUUGCGAAGCCACCGGUAAUCCGCAACCCCAAUUGGACUGGAUCCGAGUCUACGGAAGCAUGAGUCCGGAAGCGACGUUCUACAAUGGCAUAUGGAGCCUGCCAGCUGCAUCAAAGAACGAUGCGGCCGAGUACAAGUGCGUCGCUACAAAUAACGCUGGCGUAGACGAAAGAACGACUAUUCUAUACGUCCAAGAUAAUCCCGACAAGCCGCCACCUCAGGGCAGACCACCAACCGUAACUCCAUCCGAGUGGUCAGGAACCAGCGGGGACGUUGUUAGGCUGAUUUGCACACCGUCUCAGCACGCGAACAUCACCUGGACGAGAUCCGGCGGAUUGCCGUUGCCCUAUUCGGCCAGUCAACGUGAUGGAAUUUUGACCAUCACCAAUCCUAGCCCGAGCGAUUCUGGCAUAUACGUGUGCACCGCUACAAGUACUCGCGGAACGGAAACAAGUACCUCCGCUAGAAUUACGAUAGUAACUCGCAAAGAACCAUUUACCGUCAAGGUCAGGCCUGAACGGCAAGAAGUAUCUCAAGGCACAGUAGCUGAGGUACGAUGCAUCACCAGCGGAGAGCCAGAUUUGCAAGUGAAGUGGAGCAAGUACACGGAAGCGAUGAGUUCGCGCGUACAACAGGUUGGAGAUGUACUCAGAAUCGUCAACGCCCAAGUUUCUGAUCGAGGAGUAUACAUCUGUCGAGUUACUAGCCCUGCGGGAAGUUAUGAAGCCAGUGCCAUCAUUGAAGUUGAACCUCGCGAGGCUCCGAUCUUGGAGUUGUACCCUCAAGACAUCCAAACAGUGAUUCUCGGCGGCUCUGCUGAUCUUCAGUGCCGCGCGAAGGCUGGUUUCCCGGUGCCUGAAUUGCACUGGUCUCGUCAAGACAGCCGACCAUUCGCCUCCAACAUUGAACAGCUUCCUGGUGGACUGCUCAGACUGUCGAACAUCACGGCAAAUGAUGGUGGUGCUUACGUUUGCUCCGCAUCGAAUGAAGUCGGCUCGACGUCGGUCGUAGCGCACAUUGAGGUGCAAUCCAUGCCCGUGAUCACUAUCACUCCGAGGCACGGUAUUCUGCAAGUGAAACGCGGAAGUCGAGUUCGUUUGAUGUGCAGCGCAAGUGGUUAUCCACAACCCAACGUGGCUUGGAGCAAGCACGUGAACGGAAUAACCAUACACGAUACGUACAGCCGAACAGCAGCUACUCCAUUGAGCGCUGUUUACGAGAUAUUCUCUGUCUCGCCCGAUGAUGAAGGAUCAUACACUUGCCAAGCCACAAAUACCGUAGGAAUAGCCGAAGAACGCAUACAGAUCCGCAUCGAGGACGAUGAUGGCGACUCUGCACCUUGCACUGGAGAUAGAGGCGAUAUCCCAUGCGCUCCCGACGACGAUCAACAUCCAUUGCGACCUGAUCAUAGAGACCCGAACCAACAAGGAGUGUUGAUUCCCAAGGAUUAUUUGAGAAUUCCGAAUGGCGGCAAAGUUGAAAUGCGGUGUCAAGUCUUCGGACCUGAUGGAGACCACAUCUAUCUAGACUGGAAGAGAAGCGAUCAUCGUGCUUUACCGGAAGGUAGCACGGUUCGUAACGGGGUAUUAAGCAUUCCGACCGUUGACAGAGCUUCGGCUGGAGAGUACAUCUGCUUGGGCUUAGAUACUGCUGGCACUGUGCUCUUCAGAGCAAAGUCACAUCUUGAAAUUAUAACUCCACCAAGAAUCGAAUUAAAUCCUACACGGCAAACGGUGGGACCAGGAGAAAAUCCAUCCAUAGUUUGUACCGCCACCGGAGACGAACCCAUGCACAUCGAGUGGGAGGCCAUAGGACGUCCGUUACCAUAUUCAGUAUCUCACAGCGGCGGCACUCUACGAUUCCACGGUAUCACCUAUUCUGACGCUGGCAAAUACGUGUGCAAAGCAACGAAUGGAGCGGGAACGGCGGAAGCAGUAGCAGAAGUUUUAGUUAACGAACAUUCUUAUGACGACAUAAAAGUUCGUGCCGAGCAAAGAGACGUGGUGACACAUGCUGGUAAUUCUGUACGCUUACGUUGCGAGGUACGUGAACAUGCAAGGAUCCAUUGGAGCCGCGAGGGACAAGCAUUGCCGCCUAAUGCCCGAAUCGAAGCCGAUUACUUGGAGCUGACGCAAGUAAGACCGGAAGACAGCGGAAGAUACAUUUGCCAGGCACAAACCAGUCGUGGUGUAUCCAGCGAUUAUAUUAAUUUCAACGUUUCUCUGUACCGAUCGCAGUGCAGGCACUGGGAGUAUGAAUGCAGAAGUCUACAAUGCAUUCCGAUGGAAUACUUUUGCGACGGCUAUGUUCAGUGCAACGACGGUACUGACGAACGCUUCUGCCGCAACGCGCGCUAUCGCCAAUAUCUUCAGAGACGACGCGCUAUUACUGCGCCCUUAGUGAACAUUGAAGCAUCUCAAGAUCCAAUUAACAUUGGCGACACCGUUUAUAUAUAUUGCACAUACACCGGAAUACAGACUCCGCAUUAUCGUUGGUCGAGGCCAAAUCACGCGAGCUUGCCAAUAAGUGCUCAAGACUUUGGCCAUGUUCUGAGAUUAAAUAAUGUAGCUCUCAGCGACAGUGGAGCUUACAGAUGCACAGUAGGAACGUCCGAGGGUACAUUUGAAAAGGACUACAAUCUAAUCAUCCAUGGUGGAUUCCGCGAUGAACCAGUACCUGAGACCAAAUUUGCACCGUACGGAUCGAGUCUGGAAAUGGAUUGUCGUACUGAACUUGAGCCGCCUAUACAAUUCCACUGGAAGAAACUCAGUGGACUUCUGCCAAGUGACAGCCACAUUUCUGAGAGUAAACUGAAGUUGACUAACGUGAAGGCUGAGGAUGCUGGAACAUAUAUUUGCGUCGCGACUAAUAAGAAUUCCAAUAUCGAUGUGCCUACAGUACUGGUUGUAACGGGAGUUGUGCCUAAUUUUAGCCAAGCUCCUGAAAGUUACAUCGCUUUCCCACCUUUGCCUGAUUCUUACCUUAAGUUCAACAUCGAGAUCUCUUUCAAGCCAGAGAGUUACGACGGAAUUCUCUUGUACAACGGCGAAUCUAGUCACGGCGAUGGCGAUUUCAUCGUUCUGUCUCUAGUUAAUGGAUAUCCGCAAUUCAAAUUCAAUCUUGGUUCCGGACCGGCUGUUAUUCGCGCGGACAGGCCCGUCACUCUGAGCGAGUGGCAUACCAUCAAAAUUCAACGGAAUCGUAAGGAGGGAACGAUGUUGGUGGACGGCGAGGGUCCUUACAAGACGGUUGCAGUAGGCAGACGUCAAGGUCUGGACCUCAAAGAACCGCUUUAUAUCGGUGGAGUGCCUAGUUACAGCAAGAUCAACGAUCAGGCCGAGGCGACCACGGGCUUUGUCGGGUGUAUCAGCCGACUAGUCAUCGGGGAGAAGCAAGUUGAUUUAACCGGCGAUCAGACUGAAAGUGAAGGAAUUACAAACUGCGAGACCUGCGCCGAGAAUCCCUGUAACAACGGUGGUGUGUGCCAGGAAGCGGCCACGAAGAAUGGUUACACAUGCCUGUGUAGGGGUGGUUAUAGCGGCAAACACUGCGACUACGUCGGGCAGUCCUGUUAUCCAGGUGCAUGCGGAGAAGGCAAAUGCGUCGACAAAGAAGCCGAUUUCAUUUGUUACUGUCCGAUCGGGAAGACAGGAUCACGAUGCGAGCAUUCGGUGAAUGUUUCCGACCCAGCUUUCCAUGACGAGAGGGCUUUCAUCGCGCACGAAGCUCCGAAAGCUCUUAGACGGCUUAGGGUAGCCAUGAGUUUUAACCCUGCGGACUCCGAGGACGGAAUCCUGAUGUAUUGUUCUCAAAGUGAUGAAGGCCUCGGAGAUUUUGCAGCGCUGACAAUAAAAGACAAGCAUGUUGAAUUUCGCUUCGACAUUGGCUCGGGAAUGGCAGUGAUAAGAUCAUCCCAUGUCAUUCAACCCGGCAUAUGGACAUAUGUAACAGUUAAUCGAGAUUUCAAAGAAGCUCAAUUAUCUGUAAACGGCGAACCACUUGCGGAAACCAAAACGCCCGGAGCUUCGAGAACCAUGGUCUUAAAUACGCCACUUUAUAUCGGAGGAGUGGAUCGCAGAAGAAUCACGGUCAACAAGAAAGUUGAUGUCGAUCAAAGUUUCCGUGGAUGUAUAAGCGAGCUCGAAGUUUCGUCAGUCAAUGUGGACUUGUUGAAAUCAUCGAUUGAUGCAGCCAAUAUUGAAGAUUGUUCAAUGCUUCAUCCAAAUCACACAAUGACUCGUAACACGAUCACUACUCCGGCAUCAACGCAACCGCCAACAACAGCCUAUAAUCCCUGCGCAUCGAAUCCCUGUAUCCAUGGCCUGUGUCAAAGUUCAAAUGCAUACGAUUACUCGUGUACAUGCGAAUACGGAUACGUGGGCAGAAACUGCGAGAAUGUGCUGAAACAGUGUGAGUUGCUGACUCCUUGUAGAAACGGCGGUUCUUGCACCGAUCUUCAUGGAUCUUACAAAUGCGACUGUCGCCUCGGUUAUAACGGACAGGACUGCGAAAAAUUGGCAGAGAUUACAUACGAUGUCGCCUUCAAAGGAGAUGGCUGGUUGGAAUUAGACAGAUCUGUCAUGACACACGAAGAAGAACGUGAGGUUUUGGGCCUUGAAAUCUCUACUAAUAAGAGCAACGGAUUGAUUAUGUGGCAUGGUCAAACACCGAAUGAUUUAAGCCCCGAUGAUUAUAUCGCCGUCGCUAUAGUAGAUGGAUAUGUGGAAUACCAAUAUAAUUUAGGUUCCGGUCCCGCUGUGAUUCGCGUUACUGCUCAAAGAGUCGAUGACGGUGAACGUCACAGGAUAAUCCUGAAACGUCAAGGAAGCGAGGGUAGUAUCGAACUGAACGGCGAGCACACCGAAAACGGCUUGAGCGAUGGGCUUCAGCAAUUGCUCAACGCAAGAGGCAGCGUUUAUUUAGGUGGCGUACCGGAUUACGCAAUGACUUAUGGCAGAUACCACGACGGAUUCUCAGGUUGCAUUUAUACUCUGGAGGUGCAAGACUCAGGUGCUAUCGAUAUUGGUGAGAAGGCUAUCAGAGGAGUAAACGUUUCGCCGUGCACUAGGGUAAGAUGGAUACCAUCUUCACUGGUAUUCACAGAUCCAGACGCGGACAUAUUUGACGCGUUUGUGCCACCACCACCAGUGAACAUUAUUCAUCCGAAACCCGCGUCCAAUUUGGCCGCGUACGACAUAACGAGUUAUUCAUUGUUAAUUAUACUUCAAAAUCUGAUCGCUUUGACUAGAGACAUUAAGGAACAAAGUGUACUUUUCACACUGUUAUGCGUAGAAGCAGUUAACGUUCUCAAAGGCUUAUUCAGCUAAAUAAUAGAAUAUUAUGUAGUACCGCUCUCUACUUGUCGAAAAUACACAUUCCCUUUUAGACCAAAUCAUUAUUGUCUUAAAGCAAGCGUAAAAACGAAUGUACAGUAUUCUAAAGGAUGUGUAUUUCCGCGAGUACGCAUAAAAUAUGUACAGCUAAUGAAUUUGUAAAUUAUUUAAUGCUUAACUGGCAUCGGAAAGUAACGCGGUAAAACUACGUGAUCGAACUGAUAGGCUUCCAACACGUGGUGACCUCGAUAAACAUUAAAAAGAAGAUCUGCAAGGUUGUACAUGUGAGAAACAUACUGCAAGUUCAUACUGUUAAUGGACAGUGAUACUGUUGAUAUGAAUGCUGAAAGCCAAACGUAUCCGUUAAAUUUUUCAUACAUAUCCAAUGUUUUCGAGGAAACAUUACAAGUAUAAAGGAUCAAAAGCACAUUUAAUAGCUAAUCAAACGUCAUCACAACUUAAAGACACGACUUUUCAAUUGCAAUAGGAGGAUAAUUUAGUUAACGGGACAUCCUGCAUGUGCAAAAAUCGAGAAGUAAAACAUUUUCACUAAAUAUAUUUCUCUCUAAUUCUACGAUAUAUUAUGAAUUGCUUUUGAGAUGAGAAAGGAAAAGAGAGAAACAAGUAUGAAAGAUGUGAAUGUGACCAUUGUUAAAAAGGUGAACAACCUGUAAAAACAAUUUUAUAUCCAUAGAUAUGCAGAGUUUAUCUGCACUAUAAUAUAUCGCUAUUAAUAUUUUAUAAUUGAAGUAACUAUAACAUUUUAUAUCACUUUAUUUGUAGAAGAAAUUGGAUAUGUUUGAUUUGUAAGUGACAAAGUGUUAUGUUAAAAGUGUCAAAAAUAUACGCUUUUAAAGAAUCAUUCUUAAGCCAUCAUGUAAUGUAAAUAUUAGUCAACAAACUUAACGUAACAAAUUUAGUCCUUGGAUUUUUCAGUUUUCACAUUUUUCCUGUUUCUUUAUAUACUUUUGUAAUUAAGUUUCGUGAGAUUUUGCGAAUCAGCUGAAUAUUUACGAACGGCUGAUACGGUGACUGAUGCGAAACGAAAACGUGUUAACGAUGAAGUAUAUAGUCUAUAAUUUUUCACUGCCAUGCUGAUUUAUUCGUAAUACGACAAAGCAGAUUUGCGUCGAAUAGGAAAUAGAUAUUAUUCACUAGCGUAUGAGUGUAAUCAAAGAGUAAUUAAAUACGUAAGACUUUGAUAUAUUUGCCGAAAAGGACAAUAAAUUCUCAUCAUAGCCAAAGGUAUUUCGUUGGGGAAAUAAGAAACAACUGUUUUUACGAUAUUAGGUAUCAAAUUUUUACACCUGAAGUUGGAAAAAGAAUUUAUAUAUCUAUAAUACGAAACGUAUGUAACUUACUUAGUAUUUCAUUGAUAUUGAAUAUUAUAGACUGUCACGAAGAAGACAACAACGUAUGUCAAGAAUCAAAUAGAGAAUCGAUAAGCGUUGAUCCUCUAAAUCCAGAUUGCACUCAUACCUUGAUGAAUAUUUAUCGUAUAUCAUACGUAUGUAGGUGCUUACAUGUGAUUUUUGACGCAAUAGACGGAUAAUCAAGAAUCGAUAAAUAAGUAAUAAAGGAGUAACUGAUUAUAACAAUAUCAUCGAACAUAUGUACUUUUUUAUCGAGAAAUUUAAGUCGAUUUAUAUAAGCGUGAUAUAUAAACGGAGAAAGUUAUAUGCGAGAGAGAAUCGCAAUAAGUAAAAAUUGCUAUAGAAAAAUGUGUAUGUUGCUACUUAUAUAAAAUUUAUAUCAAACACAUUAUGUGCGUAUAUAUGCAAAUAAGCGAUGGUUAGCGUUCUCUGAUAUUCUUUACAUUCAAGACUAUGAAAGUAAAACUUACAAUUUGAAAGUAAUAAACAGCUAUUGUUCGGUCAUCAAAAUUGCACGCAUAUCAUUAGAUUAUUUGCCAUUAUUCAGAAUAGCAGAAUUUCGAUAUUUCAGAAGUGCAAUAUUUCACGCCAUCAACUAUUUUUUUAUGUUUUUAUGCAUUAAUUAAUUCUAAUCUCUAAAUCAAUAAAUUAUUCGAGAUAUACUUGUAGACGGAAUAAUUUCAAAUAAAUGGAAUGUUUUUGUAUCAGUAUAGCUUGCUAAAUAUAGUACAGAGGAGGUUUGUCUCUAGUGCAUACUAACAUGAGUCUAUAUAUUAUUUUUAAUAUUUUUUUAACAAUUAUUUUAACAAUUAUUCUGUCAACCAGAAUUGUCUAAUUUAUGCAGAUAGACAAAUUAUUAUAUUUAUAUAUUUUCCUACUCUUCGUAUUUGUCAUUAUUAACUAUUGACUUAGUUAAAAUCGGAUACAGUAAAACAAGAAGCAUUAUUGAAUAAGACUCUACAGAUGGUUUUUAGAAUUACUUUAGAAUGAGAGAUCGCAGUGAAGUAAUGUAUCAUAGCUUCCGCGGAAUUGUCUAUAUCCGCUACAAUUCUAUUGUAACACGUUGUAAAUGGAUCAUGUACAGAAAACCGAUGCGUAUAUAUUAUAUUGUAUAUUAUUAAAUCACAACAUCUUAACCGCGUAUUGCGACAUCGAAUGAACGCUUUUGGAUGUUCAUGCAAACAUUAGUUAUGUAAUAUUGCAAUAUGUAUAUAUAUAUGUGUGUGUGUGUAUACAUAUAUAUAUUGCAUUAUAUGUAUACAGGGAUGCAACAAUAGGAAUUUCCAUCUGAAAUCUUCUUUAUGUAAUUGUGGUGUUUCAAUGUGAGUAAUAUUAGAAAUAUCUCAAUUAUAGAAGAAGAAGACAUCAAUAUUAUAAGUAAUAUUUCAGAUGGUGUAACAAGCGCUAUUGCUUCACUCUGUAUAUAAAAUCACUGAAAGUAUCUACCGUAAUAUAUAUAUAAAUGUAGUCUAUUGUUACACAAUAAUUCUUCAAAGAAAAUGAGACAAUAAAUAUAAUUUUGCUAACA